CGCGAUGCUCGGUCGCGCGCGCGAUGACGUCGCCGAGCGCGCGGCACUCCUCGACGUCCCCGACGCCCCGUCGUCGUCGCGCGUCGCCGACGUCGACGUCGACGUCGACCGACGCGCGCGCGCGGGACACCAACACCCAAGCGCUUCGCCCGUGUUUCGCUCGCGAGUGCUCGGGUUCGCGUGCGCGUUCAUCCUCGUCGCGUGCGCGUCGCGCGUGGGAAACGUUCCCCUGAGACUGCGACCGCCGAUCGAGAAGCGCACGGCGCGCACGGUGAAAGAGUACGGACACGAGGGGGAGUUGCACUUGCUGCGCUGGACGUCGGCGGGUGGAUUCGAAGCCGUCGAGUUGGGUCAGUCGACGGAUGGCGUCAAGCAGCGCGCGGUGGAGGCGGUGAAGGUGAUGAUUGAAACGAUAAAGAGGUAUUACCCGCAUCGGCUCGAGGAUGGGCGGAAUCCGUUCGAGUUGCUUUUCGAAGUAUCGGACAAGCCGUCGACGCAUUGCGUGUCCGCGCAGGCGAAGUGCGCGACGAGAGCGUGGGCACCGAUAUAUGCGUUCGGUAGCGUGCCGAAAAACGUCGAGCACGUGUUACCGACGAUGAUUCACGCGCCCUUGGUUCCGCUCGCGUCUUGUUACACUGAGAACAUCGCGACGUACAACGUGUCCAUGAGUGGGCUUGACGCUGAGACGACGUCGUGCCCGUUUCUGAAUUACCCGACGAAAAAGUAUAGCGAGUUGGCCAAGUGUGAUCCGGACGGCGAUGUGAGCGGACAAGCUGCGUGUACGCCAUACGCCCACGGAUUAUUUUCGCUCGACGCCGUGGAGGACAAGUCGUUGUACGAAUGGAACUCGUUGGUUAACAAAGUCUUUUGGAGAGGGAGCGAUUACGCGUUCUUGACGCCGUCGUACCCGGAUUUUGCCUCGACGUCCGAAAACUUUUUGCCAUGGUUGAUGGAAGAGGCGAACAAAAUGAAAGCGAUGAAGAUGUUGUUGCGAAAUAGUGACGUCGGUCCGCGCUUUAGGGCGGUUCUGAUGUCGAAGUUGCACCCCGAGCUCAUCGACGCCAAGUUUUUCAACUGGAAAAAUCAGUCGAGCGCGCGCGACAAGAUGGCCGCCGAACUCGGUAUUGACGCCACGGAACGCUUAACUGAAGAGGCGCUGGGCAAAUACAAGUAUCAUCUCGACCUCGGCGGUGGUGGAGGGACGACGUGGAGCGGACUGAUUCCCAAACUCACCAUGCCGGGCGUGCUGUUGCACCACGAGACGUCGAUGAAGGAUUCGUACUUUGACACUCUGAAGCCGUGGGUGCACUACGUGCCCGUCGCAGAAGACCUACACGAUCUUGCUGAACGCGUGCGAUGGCUCGAAACCCAUCCGACCGCGGCGCAGCGCAUCAGCGCCAACGCCAACGACUGGGUUCGCGACUUCCGACGCCUGCGAUCGCUCUUGGCGUACAACUAUCGCCUUCUCGCAGUUCCGCUGUCGCUCUCCCUCGACGCCAAGCCGUUACCGUUAUUUGCACCCUCCGCGAGCGUCCAAGCGACGAAAUCCGAAGCCGAAGCCAUCGACGCUGACCUCGCGUCGCCGCAACAUCGCGCCGCCGUCGCCGCCGCCGGCGCGUCUCGCCGCCGUCGCGCGUCGGCUCGCCCCGCGGCGCGCGACACCCCCCGCGCGCCGUCGCUCUAG